GUGUUUCUCGUUCAUAUACGUUGCUGCCUUUAUCGCUGCUGACCACUUUGCCGAAAGUCUCGUUCCGAAGCACAAAUGGCACUGCUGCACAAGACCCAGCUCAACGCCGGCGCGCGCCGGGCUUCUCGCCCGGCCGUGGCUCGCGUGUCUACUGUUCGUGUGCAGGCUACCGUUGCCAUGCCUUCGCCCACCUCCACGUUCGCGCAGCCCCACGGCCGCGUCUUCAAUUUCAGCGCGGGCCCUGCCGUCCUUCCGGUUGAUGUGCUGGAGCGUGCCCAGGCCGAGCUGCUCAACUGGCACGGCAGCGGCAUGAGCAUUAUGGAGAUGAGCCACCGUGGCAAGGAGUUCGAGAGCGUGAUUCAGAAGGCCGAGGCCGACCUGCGCACGCUGCUCAACAUCCCCUCCAACUACAAGGUGCUCUUCCUCCAGGGCGGUGCCUCCACCCAGUUCUCCAUGAUCCCCCUCAACCUGGCGAAGGCUGGUGAGACUGUGGAUUACGUUGUGACCGGCGCCUGGUCCAAGAAGGCCGCUGAGGAGGCCGCCAAGUACUGCAAGGUCAACAUCGCUGCCAAGGGCGACAACAAGUCCCUCCCGGCCGUCGCCUCCUGGAAGCUGAGCCCCGACUCACGCUACGUGCACUACUGUGACAACGAGACCAUUGGUGGCGUGGAGUUCAAGUCCGUCCCCGACGUGGGCGACCGCGUGCUGGUGUCGGAUAUGUCGUCCAACUUCAUCAGCAAGCCCAUCGACGUCGCCAAGUACGGCAUCAUCUACGCCGGGGCCCAGAAGAAUGUCGGCCCCGCCGGCGUGACCAUCGUCAUCAUUCGCGAGGACCUGAUCGGCCAUUGCCGCGCCGAGGCGCCCACGAUGCUGGACUACAAGAUCCAUGUCGAGAACGACUCGAUGUACAACACGCCCCCCUGCUGGGCCGUGUACGUGUGCGGCCUCGUGUUUGAGAAGCUGGUCAAGCUGGGCGGCCUGGACGCCAUGCAAGAGCUGAACCGCCAGAAGGCCGCCAUCCUGUACGACGCCAUCGCCGAGUCCCAGGGCUUCUACAACUCGCCCGUGGACCCCGCGGUGCGCUCGCUCAUGAACGUGCCCUUCACCAUCCCCUCCUCGCCCGACCUGGAGAAGCAGUUCAUCAAGGAGGCCGAGAAGGCCGGCAUGCUCCAACUCAAGGGCCACCGCUCCGUGGGCGGCAUGCGCGCCUCCAUCUACAACGCCAUGCCCAUCGAGGGCGUGCAGAAGCUGGCGCUGUUCAUGAAGGAGUUCCACGCCAAGCACGCCAAGUAAGCGGCUUGCUCAGCUGCACCCAAGGAAGCGCGGCCAGGAGCUUGCGGGCGGCAGCGGCGGACGGACAGAAUCUGUUCGGCGGGCGCUGGGGACGUGCUGGCAAAUUGCCAGUCGGUGGGCAUUACAGGCGGGUCCGUGCGCAGCGUAACGGGGGCGUGCGUCGCACUCGUGGCCAGCAGGCGGUCUUUCUUUGGCAGCACCUGUAGAUGGGAGGUCUCCGUGGCGGGGAUACGAAUAAGGACGAAUUGAUGUACUGCAGACACAUUUGGUUUCACAGACCGACCUAGUACGGAGGUAGCGUUGUGACUUGACUGCUUAGGGACCGGCGACGCGUCUGCUUGCGCGUCGUGUGUGUCGUUGGUGGCAAGGGUGCCGCAGCGGCGAAAGGCUGGGCGCUGGGGCAAAGUUCUUGCCCACAACCCGGGUCUGUGCCCGUGGCGGCCUUGCGGCGUUGCUGCAUUCUUUGUUCGGCAGUGGUGGCGGAAGCAGGCAGCAGCUGCCGUGCGCUAUUAGCAUGUCGGAGAGUUUGGUGCGUUAGACUUCCGUGUCCUUCUUAGACUCAGGGAGUCGGCGCGUCGCGCUCGUAUGGUCCCUGCCCAUGCCAAGGGUUGGGCAGGGGUCCAUUAAGGCGAGUGCACUGGUUGGGCGAGCCGCAGAGCGUUGUACGGUGUGUGUGUGCUGGUGUUGUUUGUGGUGCAUGGAGAGUGGAGAUUUUGAGUGUUAGACCACCUUACCUGUGGUGGACAGGGAGGAGUGGUACUUGAACUGGAGGCAGAUGCCGUCUGCAUUGUAAGGUUGCUGGAAU